AUGUGGUCAACCGGUAGACCACCCCCCACCUUCGCCGGUCCUCGCGCCAGUGAUGAGUACGUCAAGACCGACAUCAUUGCGUUCGGCUUGAUGUUACUUCACACGAGCGCGGACUAUCAUCACGUGGUUGAUGACUGCGACGAGGCAUGGGUUGCGUGGACACAGCUGAAGACUCUCUACGGCGCAUCGCAGAAGGCGGGACAGAUCUUCUUGAAGCGAAAGCUGUUCAGCAUGGAGAUGGCGGAGGGCGGCAAUGUAAUGCAUCAUUGCAAUGAAGUUCUCAACAUCAGCGCCAAGCUCAGCAGCAUCGGCGCCGAGAUGGAGGACGAGGACGUGGCGAUCUGCUUGUUGUGCAGCCUCCCCAAGAGCUACGAGAAAGUCGUGCUGAACUUGGAGAUGAGCAGCGCGGAACUGCGAUCGCGAGACGUCGUGAGAGUGCUCACGAAUGAGCACAUCAAGAGGCAAGGUGACAAGACGAAAUCGGUGAAGACUAAAGACGCGGCAGAGGCCUUCAGUACCGAGCGUGAACCUCGCCAGUGUACAUACUGCAGAAAAUUGGGGCACACGGCGGAGCGGUGCUGGACCAAGCAGAAGGACGAAAAUCAAGGUGGAGCUCGACGCGGCGGCAACAAUGCUCGUGGACGCGGAGCCAACAACGUGUAG